GAUGGCAACGCUCAAACCCCCCUCCUCCUCCUCAAGACCUGAGCUGAGAGCCUGAGACCGCCCGUUCUCGAGUCAGUCGUCUUGAUGAUGGUGAGGAGUUCGUUACAAGAAAACAUCGGGAGUGUGCAGCCCGAAAUCUUGUGAGUGCGUGCACUGCCCUCGUUGUUAAGCAAACUUUAUUUCGAGAUAAGACCUGCGCAAAAGAGCAUCGUCGUCGUCGUCGUGUUCCUUCGGCCUAAGAGAACAACGAUCCUGGCCAAAACAUCAGCAGUCCUCCUCGUUGUCUUAGACAUUUCCAAGUUUUGUGGAAGCAGUGCGACAAAUCGUCCGUUUUUCUUGUGUGUUUCAUCUUGACCAAAGUUGAGAGUGUGUGAAUCAUCAGAAAUUUCGUUGUCAAAAGGAAGAAGCACGAGUGCUGUUGUCACACAAACAACUUGAGAGUGUCGUGUAUCGGCCCCCCCCCCCUGUCUCAGCAGAAAAUAAUAAAAACCCAUCAGCAAAAAGAGAAACAACACACACACAACCGUUUGGGGUUUUUUCUGUCAUGGAGAAGGUCACCCGGACCGGUUUCGCUCGUGGCCCAUCGAGUUGAAAACGUUUUCAACAGUUUCUCAAACGUCGAUAGAUUCCCUUUUGUCGUCGUCGUCUCAUUGGGGAAAAGGAGAGCUCUCCUUUCCUUUUUGUCUCCAAAAUCUAGAGAUGGCCAAUAGCAGAAGCAGCAGCCGUUGCAGUAGCGUCGCCAGCUACGGGCAGAGACCUCCAUCUCUAUCGGAUCCGCCGCCGCCACCCACGAUGAUGGGGAUCGACCCCAAUGACGGACGCGGAGAUGAGAUCCAACCCUGUCCAGUUGGUUUCCAUCCGAUGGCCCACACUCCGCCUCUGCAGCCCAUUUACGCUACGCAGGAGCAGUUGCGUGAAGAGCAGAGGCAACAGCAGAUGCUUCCACCCAAGCCGGUCAAAGAGCGCCGGCUUCCGUCGCGAUCCGGCAGCACGGCCAGUCUAUUUUCCCCUUUCGCCUCACUCACGCGGCGUCUAGGAGCUAAACACAAAUCUUCAAAGACGAGUGCCAGCAGCAGCAGGUCCACCGGCCAUGGGAGUCGAAUGUCCACCCCGGUGGAAUUCCCGGCCCAGCAACAACAACAGCCAGGGCCGAUGUUAUCGCGCUCCAACACUCCGGCUUCCGUCUACUCGACCUUCCCGCGUAUCCACUCAUCAUCCAGCUCAAACACGCCGUCACCGUCCGGCCGGACACCUUUUAUUAGUCAAUUGCUGGGCAUCAACGCUAAUGGAAAUGCCGGCGGCGGCGGCUGCAGUAGUUCUUCAUCGUCAGCCACAGUCCCGGCCACGACAUCUUGCCCUUCUUGCCCGUCACCCGGUCCCAGUUACUCAUCUUCAUCUCGUUUAUCAUCCGCCGGUGGAUACCCGCCCAUGAUGAUGACGGAAGUGUUGGAUGAACCCGUAGAAGAAGAGGGUGCCGGCGAGAGGGUGACAUGGGAAUAUCAUCAUGUGACGAUGAAUCGAGUGCCCGGCUACGGAUUCGGUAUCGCCGUCUCCGGUGGCCGCGACAAUCCGCACUUUGCCAACGGCGAUCCUUCCAUCGCCAUCUCGGACGUCAUCAAAGGAGGCCCGGCAGAGGGAAAGCUACUGAUCAACGACCGCGUCAUGAGCGUCAACGGCGUUUCGUUGGAGAACGUCGAUUACGGGACGGCCGUUUCCGUCCUGCGCGAUAGCGGCGCCGCCGUCAAUUUGGUGGUCAAGCGUCGCAUCGUCCUAGGCGCCUUCCCGGAGCCAACCACAUACAAAGUCACCUUGACCAAGAGCAAGAAGAAAGAUGAUUUCGGAGUCAUUUUGGGCUCGAGGAUCUACUUGAAGGAGUUGACCAACCGAGCGCUGAUCGAUCGCGAUGGUAGUCAUGGAAACAACAGUCCCGUCUUCCAAGAGGGAGAUAUCGUCCUCAAGAUCAACUCGACUUCAACAGACGGACUCAGUCUCAAGGAGGCCAGAAAGCUCAUGGAGAACUGUAAAGAUAAGCUCCAGCUGACUGUGCGCCGCGAUGCAGCCGCUCCGGCUCUCCUGGGAGCCGUCGGAGGCUCCAUUGGUGGACCCGGCCCUGCUGGAGGAUCUCAGGCGUCUAAUGGUUACAACGAUCCCACUUACGGGGCCGUGAAAGACGGCAGCGCUGUAGGGGGAAUCGGAGGAGUAGCCGGCGGUGGUGGUGGUGCUGGCCCACAUUUCGCCAACUACGCCGACAGACCCAAUUAUUGCAACCAGAAUUUGUACGUGCAACCGCCGACGCGUGGCGGCAGCGUCGACUACCGCAAUCCGCUGACGCCGCAGCCUCCGCUGCCGCACUCUGCCGGACCGGCUCCGCCGUACAACAGCAACGAGGACAAAAGCAAUCUGUCUCGGCUGGCCGGGCGAUCGCGUGGACCGCUGAUGGACGUUUCCCUGUCGCAACUCGAUCACCACAAUAAUCACAUGAACGGGCACGCCGACGGCGAAGACGCCCCUCCUCGACCUCCACCGCCUCGCAGCGAUGAUUACUACAGUCCCCGACGGGCCAAUGAGGCUCCCAACGAACCUGUCAAACCACCUCCGACGUUGGAUCCGCGGUUCAUCAGCUUCCAGAAGGAAGGCUCGGUCGGCAUUCGGGUUACAGGUGGCAAUCAAGUGGGCAUCUUCGUGACGGCCGUUCAGCCUGGCAGCCCGGCGGCAUUGCAAGGCCUCGUCCCUGGAGACAAGAUACUCAAAGUCAACGAUAUGGAAAUGAAUGGCGUCACACGAGAAGAGGCCGUCCUAUUCCUCCUCAGUCUGCAGGAUCAAAUCGAAUUGGUCGUCCAACACAAGCGGGAAGAGUACGACCAGGUGGUGGCGUCCGGCCACGGAGACUCGUUUUACGUCAAGACUCAUUUCAAUUACGAGCAGCCAGCCAGUGGCCACAUGGCGUUCCGCAAAGGCGAAGUCUUCCACGUCGUCGACACUCUUUACAAAGGAGUCGUGGGUGCUUGGCAGGCCUUCCGCGUGGGUCCGAACGGUCAAGACUUGCAGCAGGGGGUUGUGCCCAACAGCGCGGGAGCCGAGGAAUUAGCCACGGCUCAAUUCAACGCCGCCAAAAAGGAAGCGGCCACGACGACAUCCGAGUCACGCGGUUCCUUCUUCCGGCGAAGGCGACCCACUCACCGCCGUUCAAAGUCUCUAGGAAGGGAUCACUGGGAUGACGUCGUCUUUGCAGAGACACUCAGCAAAUUCCCGGCUUACGAGCGUGUCGUUCUUCGGCAUCCAGGGUUCAUCCGACCCGUCGUCUUUUUCGGUCCCAUUGCCGAUGUCGCCAGGGACAAACUCAUCAAGGAUUUCCCUGACAAAUUCUCUGCACCUCAAAUGGACGGAAAUCGGGACUCGGCCGAAGGGUCCGGAACGGGCGCUCCUGUGGCGACUGGACGUUCUGGCAUCGUCCGCUUGAGCGCUAUUCGUGAACUGGUGGAGAAAGGUCGACACGCUUUACUGGACAUCACCCCCGGCGCCGUGGACAAGCUCAACUAUGCUCAGUUUUAUCCGGUUGUCAUCUUUUUGCGGGCCGAUUCGAAACACACAGUCAAGGAGCUCCGCGCCGGAAUACCAAAGACGGCCCACAAGAGCAGCAAGAAAUUAUACGAGCAAUGCGUCAAAUUGGAGAAACUCUGGUCGCACGUCUUUACGACGACAGUUCCGCUAACGCAGCGUGACACCUGGUACCGAAAGCUUCGUGAGGCCAUCGACCGUGAACAGAAUCAAGCCAUCUGGGUCUCGGAAGCCAAGCUGGAUGAAUACCUCUCGGAUGAUUUCCUCUUCCCGAUGACGUCGCGCCUUUCUUACGCAUCUUCGCCAGAGUCGGAUCUCGAUUUGUCGCCCGAGCCGCGUGCUUCCGGCGGCGCUAGCGGUGCUGAAGGUUCUUCUUCCAAAACCAACGGGGUCAACGGCGGAGCAGGUGGCAAAUCUCCGCCGUCGCCCAGUUCCGGUGGCCGAUUGGUCAAGAGCUCCAGUGACCCCAGCAUCGCCACUCAGGAUGAUCUGGGUGUCUCCGGAAUGAGCAGUCCCGGUGCACUUUUGAAGUCGUUGAGUCCAAGCAAAUUCCAGUCUCCCAUCAAUUCUCAUUCUGUGGUGGAUUCGUCAACGCCGACCAAACGCCGAUCUCAAGGCGGCGAUUCCAAGUACGGAUUUUCAUCGCCGGGCAAUGGCCAUCAUCCAUCGCAGAGGGACCCCAACACUCCGCGAAACUACGGCGGCCAACCGCCCAAUUACUCUUAUAACAGCCCGUCGUCGCGCGGGAGCCAACAGGCCAGCACCAAUCUCGACUACAUCAACGGACCCCAUCAGUCGAGGUCGUCUGGUGGUUACCCGACGUCCCAGCAGCAGCAACAGCAGCAGCAACAACAUCAUUUCUCGCCUUAUUCCAAAUACGGUGGCGGCGGAAGCAACGGUGGCAGUAGUCACGGUCCAUCAUCAUCGGGCGUCGUUGAGUUGCCACCGAAAAUCGAUCGGAGUAGCAAACCGUCAAACCGACAACUGGCACGCUCCGCCCAGGAGCGGCUGUUUGGCUCUCGAGAGGGCGACAUCAAUGGUCUGGAUAUCGAUACGUAUCCCACGUCGCCGCCAGGACCGGCUCCAGGCCAGCCGGGCCAGGGCUCUUCCAACGGAGGACCUCAUCAAUCUCACGACUACCUGGGCUCCCUGCGAGGCAGUUCCCUGGAUAGAGAGAGAGCUGCCAAAGCGGGGAGUUACGACAGCUCGUCAUCGUACGAGUCUUACAACCGACUUGGGCUGACAUUAACUCUGGCCGGGAAUAACCAUCAAAGCGGCGGAGAUGUUAAUGCCAUGCCAGGCUCGCCCACUUCUGCAGGCCUCAAAUCUCACGAUCCUUACCGCUACACUCGCUCAACCAGUCAACCCGUGCGUUCGCCGACCGAGCUCACGUCACCGGCGACGAAACAACUUCAUCGUCCCUUCGACCACAAAAAGCAAUCACCUCCACCCAAGUCCGCACCUUACAAGCCCGUCCCUCCGCCCAAGCCGAAAAACUACCGACCGCCGGCGAACGCCUCGUCUUCGACAGCCUCCAACAACCAACAACCGAUGACACCCAACAGUAACUACUGGAAUCACAGUCCACCGGGCACUUUGAAUCAUCCAAACAGGCCAGCAGGUGGUGGUGGUGGUGGUGGCGGCGGCGGCGGAAGCAGCGGAGGAGAUGUUCCUCCUUCCUCUGGCGGAGCCAACAACCAUCACGGCUAUUAUUCACACGGCCCUCCGUCGUCCAAUACAGCGUCGGCCAUUCACAACGGUAUCAAUUCCUACCGUUACGAAGAUGAUACCAACGGCGGCUUUGAUUCAGGUCAUGGAAGCAGUUUGGAUCGUCACAGUUACGGAGCCAAUUCGCUCUACGGCAAAGCCCCGCCUCCACCGCCGCCCGUCAACGGAUCCAACCGCAACAACGAAGCCGGACAGUACUACUACAACAUCCCACCGCCCAGGGAGAACAACCAGAAGCACCAGCAACAACAUCAAUCGAGAGAUGGUGGGCGGCUAGAUCUUGCCCAACACCGGGAUCAACGCGGAUCGGCCUUUGAACUGUACAAGAAACCCGCCGAUCCUCGAUCUCCCGCUCACGGGCACCAGCCACUCUACAUGGAGCACAACGCCAGGCUCGACUACGAGUACUAUGACGGUGAUGGAUUCUCCUCUUCGCCUUACGACUACUACCACCACUAUCAUCAUGACGAUUACUACUCCCCUCCCACAUCCCCUCCUCCACCCAACUGCUCGGUGAUUGCCACCGUACGCGGAUGGCUCACGCACGACCAUGGAGGGCGGCUGGAGAGUGUCGAAACCGGAGUGGCACUGCUCGUACCGCCUAGAGCUCUCCCUCCGGGCCCGGCAGCUCACCUCGUCUACUUCAAGGUCUGUCGCCAAGACCAGCGUCAGCUUGACACCAACGGCGUUCCUUUAGACGACGGAAAAGGUGAAGCUUUACUUAGUCCACUAGUUCAGUGCGGACCGAAAGGUCUGCGCUUCCUCCAGCCCGUCGAGCUCCGCAUUCCGCACGAUGGCGGAUCUCGAGCGAAUUCGUCUGGCAGGUGGAACGUUUCUCUGAAAGCUUCCAACGAAUUGGGACAGUGGCGACAAAUUGAACUACCCCAGCGAGGCAACGACGAUCACGAACAACGAGCUCAAUCGGAGCAAUUGGACGACGCCAAAAAUUCUCGAAACCACCUCUCCGUUUUCGUCGAUCAUUUCUGAAAACCAAAAGUUAAAAACAACAACGCCACACGCUCUCUUUUCUCUCCUUUUCGUCGCACCACCUUUCUCUCUCGCUCUCUUUCAUUUCUCACUUAAUCUUUCUAUUACAAAACUAAAUAAAAAUAAUAAUAAUAAUGGAUUCUCUAUGUCGACAACCAGUUUUAAAUUUUAAUUAGGCUUCAACGUCUUUCUUCUCACUGUAUGUAACUGUACAGUUCCAAUUUUUAGUUAUUUUGUGUGUUUUGUGAGUGUGUCCAAGAAAAAUAUACGUGUCCUUCGUCUGA